UUUUACAUACAUUUCUAUUAGCGACAUAUUAGAGUUAUUGGCAAUAUUUUCGAAAUUUUUUGAAAAAUACAGUUCAAAUAUAGUACCAUAAGUGGAGGAACAAUCAAGUUUGACCACAAAAUGUCUUUACUUUCGUGUAAUUAGUAAUAGAAAAUAACAGUUUUUUGUAAAUGACUUCUAAAAAGUGAAAAAAGAAAUCACUUCCAACCUUUGGAUUAAUAUAACUGUCACAGAUGAUAUACUGGGGUCACUACGCGCCGAUUAGUACUCAUUUAGACUUUCUUGUGACUAAAUUUGGUCCUGCGACUCUGAAUCUUUACUCUGAUACUAUAAAUCCAAUUGCAUCUUCAGCUUAAAUAGCUAUGGUAAACGCGUCUUUGGAAGUUUUGUUUUAAUUGCACAUUUUUAAACCACCUUACACCCGUAAAUGCUUGUAUGAUUGUGCCGCAUGAGGUGAUAAAAAGCUGAACUAUGUUCGGGUAUAAAAAACGAAAUAGAUUGCCUAACUUCACAUCAGUUGAAGAAAACUUUUUGCUGAAGUUGGCGCAGCAACACAUUAAAGUAGUUGAAUGCAAAAUAACAGAUGGGCCUACCUGGGAAAUGAAGCGGAAAGUAUGGGCCAAAAUUGAUUCAGAAUUCGCCAAAAAAUUUGGUUUGAGGAGAGGUUCAAAAAAUUUAAGAGAAAAGUAUGACAAUAUAAAACGUAAGCUUAGAAGGAGCAUGAGCGGAGUAAAAGAGGAAGCGUCAGCAGAAUGUAAAAACAUUGUUGAUGAGACUCCAGAAAGGAUAGCGGCACUAGCAAGGUUUUCUGCAGUCGGCAACACGGAUGACGCUGAUAGCGACGCAAUCAAUACAUUUAGUACUGAUCACAACGCCUUCGAUGAAACAGCGCAAAGUUGCAGCUUAGAUGAUCCUAUCCAAGAGUCUGAAUCCGGAGAAUAUGAACACUCUAAUAAAGAAUUAUCUUGGAACUCGGCACCGUCAAUAGAAGGUAGAAAUGUAAGAUCAGUUUUUCAUAGCUGGGAAAGGAAAUAUAAAGACACCUCGAUUGAACCAAAGCACAUCUUCUGUGAAAACGAGGAAUUGCGAUCCGCAGAGAAGCACCGGUGGGAAGCUGAGAGAUUUAAACGUCAGUCCGAAUUGCAUAAAUGGGAGUUGGAGAAGCAGAAAUGGUUGGUUGAAAAGCAAAAAGUGGAGCUAAAGGAAGCCAAAUUGAAAAUGCAUAUUUUAGAGCUGAAAUUUAAGCAUUCGCCUAUAGGAAACAGCUCGAAAAGUUCUGCCAACAUUGCGGCCAUUCAAAUUGGCACAGAACCAGUUGAGCAAUUUUUAAAUAGUUCUGGAGCACACGAAAGCAAGGAGAGUGAUUCACAUACUGCCGUCUCCACAUUGGCAUCACAAAUAAAAUUGGAACCUACGCUUGAUAUUUCCGACACACCUGCCAAUUCUUAUUCGGCUACCUCCAAUGAAGAUCGAUUAUUAUUCAAUAUAACAAGAGGGCAUAAAAGAACAGCAAAUUUUGAGUCAGCUAUAGACCCAAUUGAUUUCAAUGAAGAACAACACCAUAAACACGAUAUGCUUGAUAAUAGUGAUGCUAAAAAUAAUAGUAUCGAUAGCAGUUGUGAUGACAUUCCGCUUUUAGUGAAUGAAGAAUUCGAUUCGGAUAUUAAUAAUGAGGACGAUGAUGAUGCUUCUAUUUCGUUAAAUAAGAAAAAUUCAGCCGAUGACUUUUUAAAUCUUUUAACGAAGUAUAACCUUCAACACUAUUUUCUUAAACUGAGAGCACUGAAUGUUGAUUUGGAUUGUAUGAAGGCUAUACGUGAGGUGGAUUUAAGGGAUAUAUUCGGGUGCGAUAUUGGUGCGCGUAUACGAUUUCGCGGCCUAGUGCAAGACUGGCGAGUCUCUAAUCUGAACUUCAAUCAUCCUUCUAACCAUCAAAAGGAACUGAAUGAGAUUGUGACUAAAAAAGAUAUUGCGGAACUCAAAUCGCUUAUAAAGGAUUCUCCAAAAACUUUCUACAAAGAACAGCAAAAAGUUGGAAAUUCUUUGAAUCAAGAAGCUCAUGAGGAUAUAAAUCCCGUGAAUGUUAUUUACAAAGAAAUCUUACCUGAAAACCCAUUUCAUACGGUUUCGGAAUUCAAAGCAUUCGAAAAAUUAAUUAGUGACUCUGCCGAAGCAUAUAAAAAUUUAGUAAAUGAAUUCGCUGCGCAAAAAUCCAACCAUACCGUGGCUUUUAUAAAAUCAUCUUGGCGUCGUAUUAUGACCGACAAUGUUGCUAAACAUUUUUGUUGGACUGGCACACCUGAGAAGCCAGCCAUACGCACACUGCGCGUAACAGAUGCUCUAAAAGAGGCUUAUCGACGCAAGUACAACUACGGCAGUAACGAAGAAUUUCAGCGUAUCAUUAUAUCAUUUUUCCAACAUGCAAAAACCCGACUGCAGAAGAAGCAAAAUUACGAAAAAACCAAAGCUCCCUGCUUACCACUAUAAAAUUACGGACACGGCAGGUACAUAGUAUGUAAGUUUGACCAGAGGCAGCAAUUUUAAACACUGAACAUGCAACUCAUAAAACACUAGGUUAAAAUGCUUCAGGAGCUUUUGUUACGAUGUAUGUACAUGUGCGUACGAAGUACUGUGUUUAUACGUUUUUGGCCCGAAGAGGAGGCCAUCUAUUUAGCUUCAAGGCGAAUUUAUUAACGGUGGUGUUGGUAAAUCAGCUGAUUUGUUUUUUUUCCUUCGCUGUGUCCAUUGGCUGUCAGCACAACAUAAAACAAGGCAAAUUAAUUUUUUGUUUUCUACUUUUCCAAUACUUUGCCGGGACAAUCAAACAUAAAAAACUUUGUUGUUGGUCUUGUGCCACCACCUUUAAUAAAUGCACCUUGUUUAGCUUUACAUAGUUAAGUAUUUACAUAGCAUGUAAGAUGAGCUAGCGGUAGGCAUAUUUUAAAUUUGUGAUAUGACUUUUAAAAAAGUAGUAGUAAAUUUACAACGUGCACUUGAUGUGCAAAUCGUUGGCUAUUU